GCUUUAAAUGGAUAGGCUAUGCUAUCAGCAGGGGCGGACUGACCAUUUGGAAACUCGGGCACUGCCCGAGGGCCAGGGGUCAGUAGGGGGGCCCCAUGAGAUGCCCCUGGUACCUUUUUCAUAGGCUUUUUUGAGUUUGGGCAAGGACACAGGGGCCCCAUGAUCCCCUAUUGCCCAGGGGCCCCAUGAGUUGUCAGUCCGCCCCUGGCUAUCACCCUGCAUUGUCACAUUAAUGUGCAGGAAGCUCAGGAAACCAGACACUUAAUUCGGUCCUCA